CUCUCGUGCCCGUCUCCAUCACCACCUUGUCUUACCCAAGACAUCAUCGAGCCACAACGACCCAGCCCUUCUAAGAUAAUUUCUUGCUGCACACGCAACAAUAUGGGGCGGAAACCGAAGACCCCCGAGACAGAAUGGGAGGAACGGAAACAAGAUAUCGAGCGAAUCUAUAUGACGGAGCAACGGAGCCUCAAAACCCUAAGCGAGGGGAUGGCUAGCCUAUGCGGAUUCAUUGCGUCAGAUAAAGAAUAUCGUCGCCAUUUCAAGAAAUGGGGAUGGAUAAAGAACAAUCUUGAUCAAGCCCCGAGUUUGAACAUCAAUCACAAUCCUCAACAAGAUCGAAAGAGGGUCGCCCAAGCUCUUCCACCACAGGCGAUCAAGCAAACAUCAAGCUCACAGGUUUUCCAAUGUCGACAGGCUCCUGAAUUUAGAUGGCAUGCCGACAUCGAAAGAGAGCUCUGGAGAAUCAAAGCCGCUACAGACACUAUUAUCUAUGGCUCAUUUGGAUCUGGGAAGGAGAGGUGGAUAGCAGACAAAGUCUCUCUUAUUGCCCCUUCAAGUCACUUGGACAACUCACAGCAGUGGAUACAUCUCGAAUCUCAAUGUUCUGCUAUCGUUGCCCUUGCAGAGACAGGCAUUCAUGCUCAAGUUCGAGGGUCCCUUGAACAACUAUUUCAAACAGUUGAGAGACUGAAGAGCACAAUUAAGCCCAACUCCUUCAUACCCCAGCUAGUCUGCAUAUGGAGGGUUUGCCUUAACCUUUUCAAAGCACGCUUGCCUCUACCUCGUCUCACAUCGGCUGAUGGCCUUCGAGUCCUUCUGUCAAUCAAUCCUCUUGCACCCAGAUUCAUACAAAAGUUGGAAGAUCAUCUAACUUCAACAUUUGGUAAAAGAAACCCCAUUUGCGAAAUCAUGGCCGCUCUCCUGGCAAUCUUCAGACAUACACCCGACAAGUUCAAAUUAGCACUGGAAUGUGGAUAUUUUAUGACAAUCAAAGGGUUCGAGGGUAUAGUGGGAAAUUAUCAUCCUGUGGUUCUGAGAAUGUGGUCGCACUAUAGCCGAGUCUGGGGACGGAAUGUGUUCUAUGACGUUGACAAAAUAGAUGAGGCCUUCCAGCAUAUCAACUGGCAACUUCACGAGUCACUCGUUCAAGACGUACCGGAAUCGAUACCCAUCUUACUGAGCUUCACAGAGAUGAGCUUUGCAAAAGAAAGUGCCAAGUUAGGAAAUCUCAGCCAAUAUUACGCCCUGAUGCCAUAUUCAUCUAGACCUACCCGCUUGGAAGACUUUGCUUUGGAGCUCAGACAAAGAGCGAUGGUAAUCUUGCAGAACUUUGGUGGUCUGAGCGAUGGAGCCAUCCUCGAUGCGUUUGUUUUUUCUACUGAUCUUCUGGCUUUGCGACUAUUCGUCAGGCUGAAUCCUGACUUUAGCCUCGAGAUUCUCAACGAGGCGAUCCAGUUGUUGCAACAAGGCGGAACCGAGUGUCUUAUAUGGGCUUCCAAGUUCUCGAAGGAUCGCUUAAAACUCCUUGAGACAAAGGAAAAGGCCGAUGACUUUUAUGCCGAAAAAGUCCGAAUGACGAGCAUCAGGAGUAAACUUCCAACUGUGAAGCCAGAACUUGCUAAGCCAGCUGGUUCUGUCAGCACAGAGAGAACAAGAUUUCUUCGAGCUCGACGCCGGAAGGGGACGGAUAAAAUGGUAGAGUAUCUUCAGUCUAUGCUAGAUGGCUUUUUUCAAUCUUCACAAGACAACUCAGAGGAAUAAUAACACAUGUUUUUCAAAAUUACCAUAACUAUAUACGUCCUCUCAUGGAAGCUAAAUAAGCAUACUUCUGAUUAGCAUCCACGGCUCAUAUGUUCAAACUUUCUUUAGGGUAUUCAAUCAAAUUAUAAUUAG